AUGGCCACAUUCGGCUUCAGCAAGACAAUGACGUACCUCCUGCAGGCCCCGCCCUACAUCUUCGCCUACAUCCUGACGCUGGGCAUCUCGUGGUCCAGCGGCCGCAUGGUCGAGCACUGCUGGCACAUGGUCGGCAGCAUGGCGCUGUGCAUGGCGGGCGCCGUCGUCAUGAUCUCGACCCUCGCCCAGGGCCCGCGGUACUUUGGCAUCUUCCUGCUCGCCGGCGGUCCCUUUGUCGCGCUGAACCUGCAGAUCUCGUGGGAGACGGCCGUGGUGCCCAGGCCGCGCACCAAUAGGGCCGCCCUCAUCGCCAUCGCCAACUGCGUGAGCAGCGUCAGCCACUGGUUCACGCCCUACUUCUUCCUCACGAGCCAGGAGCCGCGCUACGAGACGGGUGGGGGUAUCAUCAUCGCCGGCUGUGGGCUGGCCAUCAUUGCGUGUCUCGUUACGAAGUGGUACAUCGACAAGAAGAACGCGCAGCUUGACAAGCGGGAGAGCGAGACGGGAGAGGUCAACACUUGGCGCUUUGUUUCGUAA